AUGAAAAUUAAAUCAUUAUUUAAAAUUAAGAGUUCAAUAAUCUUCAUUUCAAUUUAUAUUAUAUUUGGAUUAAUUAAAGGUAUUGAUUGUGUUCAACAGCCAUACGAUUCAUAUGAAAAUAAUGACAAUGACGGAAAUAAUAACAACGAUAAAUAUUAUAACCAUGAAAAGAAUUUAGCAUAUGUAAAUAAUUUAUUUAUAAAUAAAUCAAUGAAUACCAAACCAAAUAUAAUAUAUUUUACUUAUAAAAUCGAUACAUAUUCAUAUGGAUACAUUGGCGCAAAUGAAAUUAAAAAUAAUUCAGCAACUCAUAUUGGUAAUGCUCAUAUUCCAAUCGACGAUUUAACAAUUCCAUUUGAAAUGGUAAUGACAAAAUCAUAUAAUACUAUGAUAGUAACAGGAGUUUCAGAUACAAAAAAGAAUAAAUAUAAUGGAUGUCAUCAUUAUUUUGAUUAUGGUGAUAUUAGAGUUGAAGAUUGUAAAAUGUGGGUUAAUUUAAUUGAUAUUUCACAAAAUCAAAGAUUAUCACAUUAUUCAAUAAUUUAUAAUGAAAUCACCACCAAUUCAAAUUCAAAUUCACAUACAUUAGUUGGUAUGGGAUAUAAUAUUGAAAAUGAAACAUUUUCAAUUAUAACAUCAACUGAUAAAUUCACAAUAAAUGGGUCAAUCUAUAGUAACUCAAAUCAAAGUUUAAACUAUUAUUCAACCUCUAUUUUAAUUAAUCCAGGUGAAAUUGAUACAUUUAAAAAAUCACAUGAUAAAAAAAAUAAUAUUUAUUAUGCAUACAUUAAAGAACCAGGUACAGAAGGUAAUCAUUAUUUAGUUUCAUUAAAUUUAAAUACUGGUGAACUAUUAACAAAACCGUUUAAAAAUAUAAAUAAAUUACAAUUCUCAACAAUUGGUUUCUCAAUUUGGAAUGAUAAAUUCAUAUUAUCUGGUACACCACAAAAUUUCUCAAAUUUAACAAAUAUUUAUUCAAUAACAAUAAAUAAUACCAAUAAUAGUAAUAAUAGUAAUACCAAUAAUAAUAAUGAUGAUUAUUUUAAUAAUCCAGAAUUAUUAUAUUCAAAAUUAUAUUUAAUAAAUUUAUAUGUAAAAUCAGAGAAUAGUAAAUAUUUUAUGUUUUAUAAUAGAGUUAAAUCAUCAUUAACUUUAAUUGAUUUAGAGAAUAAUAAUAUGGAAGAUUAUAAAAUUAGUUUUAAAAUGAAAAUACCAGAAUAUGCACAUUUAGUUGAACUAUAUUCAUUUUAUCAAGAUCCAAAUCAUAUUACACCAACUAUAACCGAAGGUUAUACUAGUGGUAAAUUAUUCAUAAUAAUAUUCUAUCCAAUUUUUGGAGCAUUUUUAAUAUCAACUUUUAUAAUUUGUUUAGUAUUAGCAAUUAAAAAAACAAAGAAAAGAAGAAUAUUAAUGAAACAAGAACCAAAUGUUAAUUUAAAAAUUGUAAAAACUCAAGCAAAAGAAGAUGAAGAAGAAAGACAAAAAGAAAAAGAAGAAAAACAUAAAUUAUUCUUACAAACUCAAAAAGAAAUUCAAAUAGAAUUAAAUACAAUGGCAAAUGAAAAUUAUAAUAAUACUUCAAAUAAAAAAGAUUACGAUGAUGAUUCUUCUGAUGAAUAA